CCGGCCCGGCCCGGCCCCGCCGCAGCCGCCGCGCCGCAUCAUGCCGCAUCCCGCGGCGCCCCUCGGGGCCGCCCUGCUGCUCGUCCUGCUGGCGGCGGACUCCUCGCAGACCGUGCUGCUGCGCGCCCCGGAGGCUGCCCAGUUCCUGCGGCAGAGGCAGCGGCGAGCCUACCAGAUCUUCGAGGAGACCAAGCAAGGGCACCUGGAGAGGGAGUGCGUGGAGGAGCACUGCAGCAAGGAGGAGGCCCGGGAGGUGUUUGAGAACGACCCGGAGACGGAAUAUUUUUACCCGAAAUACUUGGCUUGUAUUCAGAAAUAUGGAUCGCCAUAUACAAGAAGUCCAGAUUUCCUUACAUGCGUUCAUAAUUUGCCAAACCAGUGCUCUCCUGAUCCUUGUUACAAAGAGGGGACCGUCAAAUGCGAGGAUCUCAAGGGGGACUUCUAUUGUGAAUGCAAGCGUGGCUGGCAGGGAAAAACAUGUGAAAAAGAUAUUGACGAAUGCAGAACGCAGAACGGCGGCUGUAGCCAGGUCUGUCUCAACAAGCUAGGCAGCUACCGUUGCUCAUGCAACAGUGGUUACACUCUUAAAGACAGCAAAAUAUGUGAAGACAUAGACGAAUGUGCAGCAUCAGCAGACAUCUGUGGAGAAGCUCACUGUAAAAAUUUAGUAAGCUCGUACGAAUGUCUCUGUGACGCAGGCUACAAGUACGAUGACGUGAAAAAAACUUGUCAGGAUAUAGAUGAAUGUGAAGAAAAGCUCUGUGAACAGACCUGUGUCAACUCACCAGGGAGUUAUACCUGUCAUUGUGAUGGCAGAGGGGGAGUGAAACUUUCCCAGGAUAUGAAUACAUGUGAGAACAUAGUACCAUGUGUGCCUUUUGCUGUUGGAAGAAGUGUUAAAUCCUUGUACCUGGGGAGGAUGUUCAGCGGCACUCCUGUUAUCAGGCUGCGCUUCAAAAGGAAACAACUGACAAGACUUGUGGCUGAGUUCGACUUUAGAACCUUUGAUCCUGAAGGUAUCCUUUUCUUUGCUGGAGGCCAUCAAGACAGCACAUGGAUAGUCUUGGCACUGCGCAAAGGACGGCUAGAGCUGCAGCUGAAAUACAAUGGAAUAGGGCGUGUGACGAGCACUGGACCACUUAUCAACCAUGGCAUGUGGCAAACGAUCUCUGUUGAAGAACUCGAAAGAAAUUUGAUUUUAAAGGUCAACAGGGAUGCAGUUAUGAAAAUAGCCGUCUCAGGGGAUCUGUUUACGCUAGACAAAGGAGUGUAUCAGCUGAAUUUGACAGUAGGAGGUAUUCCUUUCAAAACAAAGGACCUUAUUCUACCCAUAAACCCUCGGCUGGAUGGUUGCAUGCGGGCAUGGAACUGGCUGAACGGGGAGGACACCUCUAUCCAAGAGACCAUAAAGAUGAAUGAAAAGAUGCAGUGCUUUGCUGUAGCAGGACGAGGAUCUUUCUAUCCUGGCCGAGGUUUUGCUGUGUUUAAUCUUACUUAUGUGCAACCUUCUUCUGGAAAUGAAACCAAGAAGAAUUGGGAAAUAGAAGUAAAUGCUGUAAUUCAACCAGCAACAGAUACUGGUGUGCUGUUCGCUCUAGUUACAGAAGAAGCAUCUGUCCCUUUAUCACUGUCUCUGAUUGACUAUCACUCCACGAAGAAACUGAAACAACAGUUUAUCACUGUGGCCUUGGAGAACAUAGUUGUGUCCCGACUGGCAAUAAAUCUCUGUGAUAAGAAGGAACACGCUGUGGACGUCCUCCUCAAGAAAGAUCACUUGUCCCUGAAGGUAGAUGGGAUGGCAGGAGAGAAUGAACUAAGCAUCUCUGAGUUAGAGGGCAGUCUGUCCAUCUUGGAGAGCUCUUUGCAGUCACCAGUGAAGACAUAUGUGGGAGGAUUGCCAGAUGUUCCUGUCACUUCUACUCCGGUCACUGCAUCCUACCAUGGCUGCAUGACUGUCAAGCUGAGCAACAAGGCACUGGACUUAGAUGAGGCUCUCUACAAGCACAGUGACAUCACCUCACAUUCCUGUCCUCCAGUUGAGGCAGGUCCGUAGGUACCACUACAGUGCGAAAGUUUUAUACUCAGAAACUUUCAAUGCUUUUCUUUUUUUUUAAAGAUAUAAAUUAUUCAGAUCUACCGCACUGCGUGUAUAGUUUCUCUUAAACACUGAAGUUAUGUAGGAGCUACUGAUCUUUAUGUCAGAUUGAUUAUUGAAAUACUCUUUGCUUUGAGGUUUAAAGGUUGUAAUAUAUUUGUAAAUAGUUCAGAAGACUAAUAUUAAAUAAGGCAGAAGUACAGAAUAUACCAAAAGUGAAUGUUAUCUUUAGGCUGUAAGAGACAGUUUUAUCUGUAAUGUGCAAACUAUGGUAAUAUAUCAGUGUGGACUGGAAGAAAAAUAAUAAUUCUGUAUUAUUUUUUAUUACCAAACACUGCUUUCUGAUUUGCAAAAUAUGAGAGAAUAAAAUAUUUACAUACAAGUUUUUAA